UUGUUUUGUUACCAGGCUCGUCCUAAAGGAGAGAUGCCGUAUAAAGGUAAGAGGAGGUGUUUCGGGGAGUACCAGUGUCCCAAAUGCAACAGAAAGUGGAUGAGUGGGAACUCAUGGGCGGACAUGGGUCAGGAGUGCAAAACUUGCCACAUCAACGUCCUUGCUCACAAACAGCGUCCUCUGGAGAAACCCGACGGCCUGGACGCAUCGGACCCGAACAAAGAACAUCUUCAGCAUCUCUGUGAGAAGUGUAAGCAGCUCGGACGCUGCUGUCGUCAAAAACGGUGCUGACCUCUGACCCCCGGCA